UCAUGGAAGGAUGGAAUUCUCCAUAUAUGUCUAGCACCUUUAUAUGCAAGCUCUCAUAUGGGAAACUUUGUGUCGAUGUGGCACGUACCUGGCGCUUACGUGGUGCGAUGAUAUGGCGGGUCAUUGCAAAAAGCGCAUAAGUUUGCUGCAAAAUUAGGUCACAUGAGCUGAAAAUUUUUGAGUGAGAGAGAUUCGUUUGGCAUUGGAGAUGAGGAGAUUUUGUCUGCGCAAUGGUAUUCGUUCUCUCUCUUUGUCUCCUAAUUCUCAUUCUUGUUUUACGGCAAUUACAGUGAGAAUUUAUAGUAAUAAAUCCAUUUCUGCAAUGGAUAAAUUUGAUUUUGGGGUUAACAUCAACUGUUUAGAUGAUGCUGUGAUUCUCUUUAAGCAAAUGGUUACAAUGAAGCGUCUUCCUUCUCUUGUUGACUUCUCUAAAUUAUUUAAGACUAUGAUAAAUAUGAAGCAUUAUUCUGCUGUCCUUUCUCUUUUUCGAGAAAUGCAGAAAUUGGGUAUCCCAAUUGAUGGAGUCAUCUUAAAUAUUGUCAUUAAUAGUUAUUGCCUGAUGCAUCGUGUUGAUUGUGCAUUUUCGGUGUUACCCAUUUACCUCAAGAAUGGUAUUCCGUUUAAUGUUGUCACCUUUAACACCCUAUUAAGGGGAAUCUUUGCUGAAAAUAAGGUCAAAGAUGCAGUUGAAUUGUUCAAAAAGUUGGUGCGAGAAAAGAUUUGUGAACCUGAUGAAGUCAUGUAUGCAACCGUCAUGAAUGGGCUUAGUAAAAGGGGUCAUACGGAGAAGACUUUAAGUUUGCUCCGGUUAAUGGAACAAGGGAACACUAAGCCCAACAUAAUUAACUACAACAUCAUCAUAGAUGCCCUUUGUAAAGAUGGAAACUUAGAUGCUGCUAUCGAUCUUAUGAAUGAGAUGAAGCAGAAAGAUAUUCCUCCAAACAUAGUUACAUAUAACUCAAUAAUUGAUGGUAUGUGUAAGCUUGGUGAAUGGGAAAAGUGUAAGACUUUGUUCUCUGAGAUGGUAAACCUUAAUAUUUAUCCAAAUGUACGCACCUUCAACAUACUAACAGAUGGACUAUGCAAAGAAGGGAAAGUCGAAGAUGCCAAGGAAGUAAUGGGAUACAUGAUUGAAAAAGGUAUAGAGCCUGAUAUAAUCACCUACAAUGCAAUAAUGUAUGGAUAUUGUUUGAGUGGUCAACUUGAUGGAGCGAGGAAACUUUUUGAUUUCAUGAUAAAUAAGUGCAUUGAGCCUAACAUUGUUAGCUAUAACAUACUAAUAAAUGGAUACUGUAAGAAAAAGAAAUUGGCUAAAGCCAUGCAAUUGUUUUGUGAAAUUUCUCAAAAGGGACCAAAGCCUACUACUUUUAUCUACAAUACUAUCUUGCAAGGUCUGUUUGAUGUCGGGAGAAUUGGAUCUGCUAAAAAUAUCUAUGCUGAGAUGCUAUCUGCAAGGUGUAUUCCUGAUUUGUACACUCACGGCACUUUGCUCAAUGGUUAUUUUAAGUAUGGACUUGUUGAAGAAGCUAUUUCACUCUUUAAUAAGUUGGAAAAACAGGGAGAAAAUACUGAUAUUGAAUUUUACAAUGUUGUCAUUAAUGGAUUGUGCAAAAAUGGUAAACUCGACAAAGCUCGUGCUCUUUUUGAGAAGCUUUCUUCAAUGGGAUUGCUUCCGAAUGUGAGAACAUACACUACAAUGAUAACUGGAUUUUGUCUACAAGGAUUAGUAGAUGAAGCUAAAGAUAUGCUUAGGAAAAUGGAGGGCAACAAUUGUUUUCCAGACAAUGUCACCUACAAUGUUAUGGUGCAAGGAUUCCUCAGGUGCAGCAGAAUUAGUGAAAUGACAACUUUCACGAAGGAAAUGACCGGAAGAGGCUUCUCAUUUGAUGCAUCUACAACUGAGUUGUUGGUAAACAUUAUAAUGGAGAAUCCUUUUGUCCUUGACAUGAUACCCGAGCUUCACUUGAAAAAUAAGAAGUGAAUAUUUCUUUCGCUUGGUUUAUUCGGCUAUGCUAUCACUGUGAUACAAUUUCCCUUUUAUCCAUGCAAAAGAAAUGGCAUACUAUGCAAUUGCAGAAGCUGAUCGCACUUAGGAUGCUGCUUGAGAUUUUUAGGCAGGCCUAUUGAGGAGGAAAAUCAUAGUACGGGGUAGAGCAUCCAAGUCAGUUGGGAACGUCAUGACAGAGGAGGUUGAUAUGAUAGGUCUGGUAUCCAUUGGAGAUAUUGUCUGCGCUGUUGUAAGUGGGCAUAGGGAUGAGUUAAGCCGUUAAAUGCCUAUAUACAAGGAGGUUAUUGAAUGAUAAUUGACAUAUUCUUCCAGUGGCUAUGUAUAUCUGGAAUAUGCUCCUCAGUGUUUUUUUUAUUUGAAGUGGACUAUCUCGUUCACUAUCUGAUAUGCCUAUGUGAGUUGGAACUCACAAAACCAUCAGGAAAAUCUGGAAGAUAGCCCCUGCAAGCGUUUUCGGGUGCAUUUGGACGAAAAGAAACCAGAGAUGUUUGCAUGGGUUAUCAACUUCAAACUGCUCCUAGAAGGCUAGAUUUUUGGUUAACAUUUUUUGUUGGGCUAAACUUUCCCCUGUAAAUCAUUCCGACAUCUAUUUGAACUUUGUCAGUUCUCUAGUUUUGUAAAUGAGCUGACAAACUAUCUCUUUGCAUCUUCUUGAUGCUUUUUAUGAUGAUAUCCUGCUUCAUCAAAAUAAGAUAUUGACAUAUUCUUAACUGCCUUUUCGUCUCAAUUUUUUUCCCAACAUAGUGAGAAAUGAUCCGGUCGAUGUUCCUAGGUAGUAGUUGUUCUUUAGUCUUUUGAACACUGCAACAUGUUUGUAACAGCCUUCCACAAUUGACUUUUUUUCUUUUUUUGUAACAUAUCUGCAUUGUGAAGGGGAGCCUCGUUGCUGCGACAUGACUGGGAGGUGAUGGGUUGAAGCCACGGAAUGAUCUCGAAAUGCAAGGUAGGGUUGUCCACGUUAAACCCUUUUAUUUUCUGGCCCUUUCCUUGAUCCCAAGCAUAGUGAGAGCUUAGUGCAUCGAGUUCUCAAAUACCCCUUUGUUCUAUCUGUCAUGCUCCUCUAGUAUUGAAAUGGCAUUACCAUUACUGGAAA